UCGAAGGCUUUCAUAGCCGGAAUCACUGGGUAGCUGUGAAUUUUCCAGGCUGUAUGGCCAUGUUCCAGAAGCAUUUUCUCCUGACGUUUCGCCCACAUCUAUGGCAGGCAUCUUCUGAAAUCUGUUGGAAACUUGGCAAGGGAGGUUUAUAUAUCUGUGGGAGGUCCAGGGUGGGAGAAAGAACUUGUGACUGUUUGAGGAAAGUAUAAAUGUUGCAGUUGGCUAGCAUGAUUAUUAUUGAAUGGCCUUGCAGCUUCAGUCCUCCAAAGUAAACUGAGCCACCAAAAGAGGGCUCUCCAAACCAAUGGAUACUCCACCAGAGACAUCAGAUGAGCUGCAUGACCAAGAACAAGCCAUGAGAGCAAAGACAAAGAUCCACCCAAAGGAAAUAUGUUCUUACCAUACAUCAAGGGAACCAUUGACCACAUAGGGAAGCUGAUGAAGAAACACAACCUACAAACUAUUUACAGAACCACUAAGAAAAUCCAACAAAUGCUACGUUCAGCAAAGGACAAGAGGGAUCCCUGCAUUUCUGCAGGUGUCUACCCUAUACCACACUGCUGUGGAGAAGUCUACACAGGGACCACCAAAUGCAGCAAUGACCAAACAUGAAUCAAGGAACAUGUAAGGCAAUACAGGCUAACUCAACCAGAGAAGUCCCAUAGCAGAGCACCUGAUGAACCAACCUGGAUACAGCAUAUGAUUUGAAAACAUAGAAAUGCUGGACCACUCUAACAACCACCCUGUCAGACUACACAGAGAAGCCAUUGAAAUCCACAAGUGUGUGGACAAUUUCAGCAGAUAGACGGAAACCAUGAAAACGAACAAAAUCUGGCUACCAGCAUUAAAAAAACUGUAAAAUCAGAAGGAUGUGUUCCCUAGCGCUCUUUCCACCCCCACCAGCUCCAGGAGAUAUCACCCUUUAUGAAUAUAACAAUGCCUUAGUUUCUGAACUCGGCUAUGAGAAUCUUCCUCUUACUUUUCAGGGACAGUUGGAGAAUCUACCAGCCCUGACCAUCCCUAAAGAAACCCUGAAAACUCACAGCCGGCUGGAACACAGCACCAAGCCUGCCUUUAUUCAUCACCGCGAGUCCCUCUGGAAGAGGUGCAUUAAUGCUUGGCGUGACAUUGGAGUGGCUGGAGUACUUGAAGAGCUUGCAAAUGCAGAGGAAGAAAGUGACUUGGAAGAAGAGACAAAUGAGCAGUCGUGGGUGGAUUCUGCAAAAGAGCUAGUCCUUCGUUGGAUGAAAACUGGCUCCCGUUGUACAUUAACACUCUGUUGCUGGGUUUCCUCCCUCCAUGGCUCCUUUUUUCCUCAUUUAUCGCUGCAGAAGGAAGACAUGAUAGCAAAAUUCUCUCAGGCUGUGGAUUGGGCAAGCUGCCCAAUCCGAGCCUUUGCUUGGCAUCCUCACACCAGCAAGUUUGCAGUGGCCCUGCUGGAUGACUCUAUUCGUGUCUACAAUGCAAAUAGCGCCACAGUGCCAAUCUUGAAACAUCGCUUACAAAGGAACGUGGCAUCAAUGGCGUGGAAGCCACUGUGUGCAUCUAUCCUUGCUGUGGCAUGCCAUAGCUGUGUGCUGGUUUGGCAUCUUGAUCCCACUUCUCUUUCUACCAGGCCUUCUUCUGGCUGUGCUCAGGUCCUCAGCCACCCUGGUCAUAGUCCCAUUACCAGUUUGGCUUGGGCACCCAGUGGAGGAUUGCUCCUUUCAGCUUCACCUGUUGAUACUGCCAUGCUUGUGUGGGAUGUAUCCACAGAAAACUGUAUCCAGUUGCAGUGGUUUGGCGGAGGUGGGGUCACUUACCUUGCUUGGUCUUCUGAGGGCAGCAAAGUUCUAGCAGCAACACCUUCGGCUGUCUUCAGAGUGUGGGAAGUUCAAAUGUGGACUUGCGAGAAGUGGCCAACCAUCAAAGGCCCCUGUCGGACUGGCUGCUGGAGUCCGGAUGGCAGUCGUUUACUCUUCACAGUUGAAGGAGAGUCGGUGAUAUAUACCUUGUCUUUCUUGGAAUAUAGUGGUGAACAGAAAGGAAAGGUUGGUGGGUCAAAAACAGCAUCCAUUGUGGCAGACCUGUCAGAGACCACAUUCGAGACUCUCUAUGGGGAGGAGAGGAUCGGAGGAGAAGUGCACUCUAUGGUUUGGGACCCCAGUGGCGAGAGGCUUGCAGUUAUCAUCAAAGGGAGUUGUGAUUCCCCCAAAAACCAGACCAUUAUUGCAGUAUUUCGCACCCGUAACAGUCCUGUGUUUGAACUCUUGCCCUGUGGCUUCUUGCGGGGUGAAGAUGGGGCACAGCCACAGCUAGUGGUUUUCCAUCCAUGUUUUAAGAAAGGAGCUCUACUGACAGUGUGCUGGUCAACUGGAAAGAUCAGCCAUAUUCCCUUCUUCUUUGUGACUGCCCAGUUUCCAUCAUUUACAUCUGAGCAAAGUCCUCUCGUUCCCUUGGGCAAUAGAAGCAGCGCCCGGGAGCAGCCGUUGUUUUCAGAACUGUGAAGGUCCAGCCUCUGGUUGUCUCUUUUUUUGCUCAAGAAAGAGGGAGAUAUUUGAAGAGUGAUGACUUCUUGGGUUGGACCUUUCUUCAGAGCAGUAUAACUAGAAACGCAUUGCCUGCUAGGUGCCUACUGCCACCUAUUGAUAGUUAUUUUCUUGCACCUGAAGAAUGCCUGCCCUACCUGUCUGAGAGGGACAACUUUGUGAAUAUGUUUGAAGCAGAAAGUGAAACCCAAAAGAUGAAUAAUCUUAGUCUUGUCCCUGUAGACUGGUUUUUUUCACUUGUGGACACUUUGAGUGCUCUUAUGUUUUUGGGAUUUGGAUGUAUCGUUUUUUAAGAAAUUAUUCCCAAGUAAAUUUCUGAUGCUAA